GUCAUCACAUUCUCAAUCACAAUGAGAACCUCGGAUGCGAAGGAACUAUAUGGCAUUUGUAAUCUGUGUGGCUAUAAUUAGUGAUUUGAAUGAAGUUGGUUCAUGAAUUUGAGUUAGUGUGAUUCACGGAUUUCUGCGUGCAGUUUACCGAUGUGCUUCCUAACAUGUCAGAUUAUUGAUAAUACAUGAUCUGGGUUUAAGUGUCAAAUGUCAAAAGAAAAUUAAUACAAUGUCAAACCUUGCACCACCCACGAAACCCCCUCGGGGAGUUAAACAUCCGAAAGAAACUAGUGGGCUGCUGAUGUCUGUCAUCCGUACACUGUCAGCAAGUGAAUCAAAUGAACAGAGGGACAGAGAGAAAGCCAAACUAGAAAAAGAGUAUAAACGCAGUGACCAAAGGUUGGAUGAACUGGUGUCACUGCAUUACCAGGACCACACACAAGUCAUGCAGCUGUUUGGAAAGCUUUCGGCCCGAGUGACGACAUCUAGAGAAAAGAUACAUGCUGUUAAGGAGAACCUGCAGGCAUGCAAGCUUCUGCUGCGCUGCCGUAGGGAUGAGCUCAAAAAGCUCUGGCUCGAAGGCAUUGAGCACAAGCAUGUGUUGCAGCUGCUUGAGGAGAUAGACCAGCUGCGUGAGGUGCCUGCCCAGCUCACCGCAUUCCUCGCCAAGAAGCAUUACUUGCAUGCCACACAGCUUCUUGUGUCUGCCCUCUCUUUAGGGGAUGGUAGCCUGGAGGGGGUGGAGGCUCUGAGAGAAGUGAGGACAGAGCUUCAGGCAAAGAAACAACAAUUGCAUUCUCGGCUGCUGGCGGAACUGACACGACAUCUGUAUAUUGUGUCGACACAAGAUGUGGUAGCUCUGCGCAGGCAGGGCAGUGGCCGAGAUGGUAACCCUCUUAAUUCACCUUUCCAACGUGCAGGGGAGCUACGUGGAUCUGCGCGAGUAUCAAAAACAAGACUGACUUUGUUGGAUGUGAGCGUACCAUUCCCAAAUGCUUCUUCACCCAGGGUUGGCAUGAAUCCUGGGCCAAACCACACAACUGCUGGUGACGAGUCAGACAAUGUGGAAGAGGAUGUGGAUGCAGCGGAUCCGGAGGCAAAGUCACAGCACUUCAUGGCAAUACUGGUAGAAAGCAUGGCACUACUGAAUAGUGUGCCUGACACUGUAGAGAGCAUCAAGAUACAGAUGCAAACGGAGCUGCUAGCGAUUAUCAAACGCACCACCCGGCAGCUACUUGACUUGUCUCAGCAGCCAACACACAGUCUGGGUGCACAUUCAACAUCACUGCUGCUGGAACUUAUGCAGACGGUGUUUGACCAGUUUCGACAGGUGGCUACUGCACAUGCAUCUGUUCUUCGCAGUUUUGCUCGUGCGGCAGAUAAACAUCACAUAGAUGUGCGUCUGUAUGAGAUGCCAGAUGUAUGGUCCAAAGUGCAGGCUGUGUUACAGCUCCUGCUGACUGACUAUCUGGACAUCCAAAACAUGGCUGGGGAUCCUCAGCAGGCUCCAACAUCCUUUUCAGAGUCCACGAGUGACAUCUCAGUGUACUUUGCUCGUCGUCGUCCGCCUCGCCAAAAGAGGGUUCCACUGUUCAAAUUUGACUAUUCAUCACAUGCACUCAGCAUCAACAGCUAUCUAAAGGAGCAGCGAACUUCCAGUGCCAAGGAAUAUAGUCAGGCUGGGCAGUCAAGGCAGCGAGAGAAGUUGUUGGUGUGCACUCCAGAUCCACGUAACAUCACACAGAUUUUCAUACCCCUCAUGAAGUUCAUUGAGGAGAUUGAACAUGCCAUUGGCUGCACCCCAGGAAAUCCAUGCACUCUGAAUGCAUUUCUAUCAGACUACAUCAAGGAGGUGUUCCUUGGCCGCCACCACAUGAUGGUGGCUGCCAGCAUAGAGAGCGCCACCAAGUCUUUGGAUGCGUGGCGUACCACUACCAGUCCUGAGCUCAUGAGUGAUCUCGGUUUGUCUCGGCCACUACUGCAGAGCACUGUAAUGGUGGAACGCUGCAUCCAGGAUCUGCGGGAACUGAUGCAGGCACUGCCGGUGUAUGCAGAGCACUUCUUGUCUAUCAUCUGCAACAUCUUGCGCAACUACCGCGAGACAUGCCAAGCUGCAUACCGUGGAAUUGUGCAGCCUGACUCGGAGGACAAGCGCAUCUGCAGUGCUGCCUGGCUCAAAGAUGAAGACAUCAGCCGUUUCAUCAAAUCUCUACCAAACUGGACAGACCUGCAGGCACAGAAAGUGACAUACCGUAGACGCCGGCCACUCAGGCGUGAGGAGACGACGGAGGAGGAGAGCCCAGAGGACGUCCGUCAGCGCAACAUGAAGGAGGCAGAGAUACUGGCCAGCAACCUAGGAGAAGGCGGCAUCAACGCACAUGAGAUUCUGUCAGAUGUGGGACAGUUGAAGGGACUGGCACAACUUCAGGAAAGCAUGGAGUGGUUCUCAACAUCCAUCCUGCUGUUUGCAUCAGAGCUGCCUAGCGCCCCUGCCUCAUCUCCGAGGGUGCACGUCGCCUCAGUGGGUAUUCCGGCCAUGCCAGAGACCUCAGUUCGAGCUCUGAUGCAGCUAGCCCAAGAGUUUGAGGAGCUUGCCAACACAUGUCUGUUGGUGCUACACCUUGAGGUGCGAGUGCAGUGUUUCCACUACUUACUGCCGCGCGCCAACAACUACAACCGUCUGGUGGGUGGGGUGGACUCCCAGGAGCCAGACCCCAAGGUCUUGGAGCUGAGUCGUGUUCUGAUCAGUAUUGAUGAGGCCAUGAACUCGAGCUUGCAACCUCGCAAGUUGAAGUACAUAUUUGAAGGCCUGGGCCAUUUAAUUGCCAAAAUCCUGAUAAGUUCUGCGCAGUACAUUGACCGCAUCGAUGAGCGCGGCAUCCAGAAGAUGUGUCGGAACAUCUUUGCCCUGCAGCAGACGCUCACCAACAUCACGAUGGCUCGUGAGAUCGCGCUGGACCACGCGCGCCACUACUUUGAGUUGUUCUACCUUGCACCAGAGGAGAUACUGAGUGGAGUCAUGGAGAAGGGACCGCAGUUCUCGGAACUCGAAUACAUGAAUGCUUUUCAGCUCGUUCACCGGAGCCAGGCAGAACCCGACUACGGGGCAGUCAACACCCAUCUGAGCCGUCUGUCGGACAUCUUGGGAGAAGUGGGUAUCACUGUGUAAGGGAUGUUUGAGAAGAAUUUGAAGAUUAUGUGUUGCUUCUCUGUUAGGAUAUGGAAAUAAUUGUACAUAUUAAAAUUGUUCAUAUUCACAAUGAACUUUCUGAACUACAAAUACAAGAAAAUGAAAACCCCGAA